UUACAACAACAUCAAUAAUCUAACGAGAAAUCACGUAAGGAAACUGCAAAUUGUAUAAUCAUCAAAAUAGAUUUCCUCCGUACUUUAAAAUUCUUUUUCACCUACUAUCCUUUGCAAAUGAAAAGGUGGCAAUUGAGAACGAUUAAGCUCUAUUUCCAAUUAAUGUUAUCAGUUGAGCGUUGAAGUGUGCGAAGGAAAUAAAAAUUUCACACUUUUGACACCCCACAAGACCCUGAUUCCGGGAUUGAGGGAAAAAAGGCGAGAAUGUAUGAAAGUAAGAAAAAAAUUUAGCGAUUAACUGAUAAUCGAAGGUGUGGAAACGCAUGGGUGAUUUGAAAGAGGGAAAAAAGUAGUCAAGAAACUGUUGGGUUAAGUAGUGAUCUAUAUAGACUGUGAGCUCUAUCUUUAGUUCUUUCAUUUUCAUCAGGAUUUUCAAACAAUAAUUUGGAAAAUGAAGUCUCGUUGGGUAAUAUUUUUUUUCUUUUUACUGUUGCAAAACUUCAACUUGGACACUUUCGUUGCCAGCUAUAAACAGCAUCAUGACUCAAACAUAGCUCACAUACUGGCAGCAGGUCUUAUAAUUCAAAUGCUCAGUCACCAACAACACCACAAGCAUCAUCAUCACGGCCAUCAUCACGGUCAUCAUCAUGGACAUGAAUCCAGGCACAAUGCAGAGAUACCUCAUCAUUCUCCACCGCAUCAUCACCAAGAAUCCAGAAUGCCUCAACCUCAAUACCCUAUGCCAGCCUACCCAGUACAACCUCUACCAUGGAAUGCCUAUGGUUAUGCUCAACAAGCACAAGACGCUUACGGUUAUGCUCAAUAUGCCCCCGCGCAGAACCCUUAUAAUUAUGCUCAACAAUCACAAGUACCUGAUCCUGGUAUACAGCACGCACAAACUGCUCACCAUCAGCAUCAAUUGCCUAUUUUGCCACAAUCAUCUCCAUAUGUUAAUUCGCAUGGAGAGCUGAAACAGCACGUAAUACAGUGAGCAAUGCCAUUGAAUUGUAGUGUAAACUAUUAAUUGGUGUAUAGUAACUGUUUAACCUUUUAAAUGGUUAAGAUAUAUUAAAAUAUGUCGUUUUUUCAUUUGUAAUAUAUGAAAUCAUUUUCUCUAUAAGAAAAUAUCAUUUGAAGUUGCCAACUGCGAAUCAAAGCUAUAUGAAAACAUGGAAUCUUACAAUAUGAACAAAUCUCAUGUAAUAUAAUGUUGAUGUAAAUAAUUUUUGGAAUAAAAUUAAAUUCAUCGAAUAAAUGCUUAAGGGGUUUAAUACUCAACUGUAAUAAUUUAUAGGUAUUUAGGAUAAAACUUUACAAUUGAAUGAAGUAAUGAAUUUAAAAAUUUGAUAUAUAGUUACAACAAUCGUUUCGAUAAAAAUCACUUAAAAAUCAAAAGAGC